AUGGAAGCGAAGAAGAAGGGAAAGCAGCAGGCAGCAGCCAAAGCCGGCCCACCCAAGGCAUUGAAGAUGAAGAAGGCCUCCUCAUCUUCUGAGCCCGUGCGAUGGACCUGGCGCAACAACCCCCUCCUCAACGUCGUGCUGCUCCUCGCCGUGCCCCUCCCCUCCAUCGCCUUCAUGUGGUUCCUCUCCCACUCGUGCAGCGACCCGUCCGCCCUCGCCGCCCUGCCCGCGUCGUGGCGCGUGAGCCUGCCCGAGUCGGUCGCGUCGCUGCUGGGCCUCGGUGCCGCCGGCGCGGCCGAGGUGGGUCCCGAGCAGGUGUGCAGCUGGGCCAUGGAGCACCCGCUGGCCCUCCUCAACGUCCUCUUCUUCCUCAACGUCGACGUCCUCUUCUGGCUCAUCAGCCUCUUCCAGGGCUCCACCUGGCUCAUCGACCCGUACUGGACCAUCAUUCCGGUGCUCAUCGCGCAUUUCUUCGCGGCCCACCCCGCCGCGACGUUUGACCCGCUGCGCUCGUUCUUGUCCCUCGGCCUCGUCUGGCUCUGGAGCAUCCGGCUCACCCACUCCUACUUCCGCAGGGAGGAGUGGGAGCUGGGCGCGAGGGAGGAUUGGCGGUUCACGGACAUGCGCAAGCGCUACGGCGCCGCCCUGUGGGCGGUCCUCUCCUUCCCGAUCGCCUACCUGUCCCAGCACGUCCUGCUCGUGGGCAUCUGCCUCCCCUUCUACUCCAUCCACUUCCCCGCCCUCUCGCCCCUGCCCGCCUCCGCCGCGCCGGCCGACCUCCUGGGCCUCCGCGACCUCGUCGCCUCCUCCGCCGCCAACGCCACCGCCACGGCCGCCUCCGCUGCUGCGGCGCUGCCGCCGUCGCCGCCGUUCGAUGGCGUGUGGGACCCGCUGAUCGCCGGCCUGUGCCUGGCGGGUAUCGUGGUGGCCUAUUUCGCCGACACCCAGCUGUGCGCGUUCAUGCACGCCAACGAGCAGCGCGCGCGGCAGGGCAAGCCCAAGGUGCUCAUCCUGAACUCGGGCCUCUGGUACUACUCCAGGCAUCCCAACUAUUUUGGCGAGCAGCUGUGGUGGUGGGCGCUGUCGCUGUUCUCAGUCUACGUGGGGCAGUGGUACAUGGUGGCGGGCACUCUCAUCAACUCGCUGUGCCUGGCGACAGUGACGCUGAUGGUCGAGCAGCGCAUGCUCGAGCGGCCCGAGCGCAAGCAGGCCUUCCUCGAGUAUCAGCGCACCACCUCCGUGCUCGUCCCCUGGUUCAAGGGCAGCGCUACCACUGCCUCUACGACCAAGAAGAGGAAUUGA